UCAGCAAGACGAUACACCCAGCUCUUGAGCCGACCAAGAAGCCCAGGAAGCAAGGCGCCCCCGUGCACUUGCACAGGAUUCCUGUUGGUAUCAAUGUGCGCACGCAGAUUACGAUGUUCUUGCCUACAUAGGCCACACGCUCGAGAAGCACAAGGGCUGCGAUAUCCUCGACAUCAAUCCCGGCGCCGGCCUCUGGUCGCAAAAGCUGCACGCCUUUCUCCAGCCACGCAGUCAUAUCCUACUCGAGCCCCGGCCUGAAAAGUUCGCCCAGUUUCUCGAUCCGCUCCUAAACGCACCCGACUCCAAGUAUCGCCUAGUGACGAAGGACCCAACCAGCCUCGAUACGUACAGGGAGAUGGUGGAUGAUGGUGUCUUCCCGCACCAGACGCGCCGGGACGCCUUUGACGGGAGCGCUCAAGAAGUCAACAAUACGCUAUUGGUAACGGGGUCGCUGGUGUGGGAUCCCCGACUACCAGGUCUGGGCUUCGACUCGAUGGCGAAGCAGCUCUUCAACCUUUUCGCCUCAGCUGCGUGGAAAAACGACGGCUUCCACUCAUUUGGACCAGUGCGCUCGUUGUUCUGGGUCGAGCACGAUGACUUUAAGCCCUUGAUUGCUCAAUCUAUUGUUGCCUUGCAGAAGGCCAACCGCGUGUUGGAACUUACGCAUAAUCUCAAUGUAGUGGUGGCUGCAGAACACAGGGAACGUCCCGUAGGAAGAGGCUCUCUCGGACGCGAACCACAGCACGAGCUUGAAAGCGUAGUCCGCGCCCUACGUUCAGGACGAGAUCAAGGUAUGGAGCUUCCCGCGCAUCGUCGUGAGAACAUCCAUGACUUUGCUGCACAUGUGGAUGAGGCCUCAAAUGGUACCGGCAUUAGCAGCGUGGCCUUUUUGCACAAUUAUUUGCGCGAGCAGGAUAUGGCCGGCAAAUCAGCUGUGGGUAUGCUCCAAGAGGGCAUUCUAAACUGUUACCGCUACGAGCGAGACCUGGUCGAGAAAAACCCCGAUCUUGCAUUCAACAGCGACUGGAUUCUCAACAACAAGAACAAGUCGGGUCAAGUGCACGUUAACCAUCCCGCGAAGAAUGAAAUUUCCGUUUUCUCCAGGAUGCGCAGUCAGUUUGCCAAGAUUGUGCGAACUAAGCAGGAGAUUGAAAAGAUCGCCGACAUUGGCGAGGAGCUCUACCUGACUGAGUGCAAAGUACUUAGCAUAGAGGACGGUCCAGAAAAAGACAACUUGCUUAAAAAGACCACGGAGUUGGAGGAGGCGUGGAAGCACGCAAUGAGCACCACCGAUACACAUAAUAGACAAUUACCUCCCACAGAACUCGACGAUCGCAUCGCCCUCCGUCAUCCCCCUUCUCCUCGUUUACAAUGGGACAAACGGCCUUAUGAGCCCCUCAUCAUGCGCACCAACGAAGCGUGGCCCCAGAACCGCCUUGGUCUCAUCUCAGCAGAGCCGUUUCCUCGAACUGCGGACCAGAACCCAGAGUGGCAUGAAUGGGUACAAGAUUUCAUCUUCGGUCUCUGCAGUCAUUCCACAGAUUCUGUCGUAGAAGCACUCGACAAGAUGCAACAUGGUAUGAGCGACAUUGUGAGCAAAUGCCCAAGUCUGAUGGAUCCGAAGAAGGGUGGGAGGCUGAAUCUGAAAAAUCUGAGAGUCAGGUUGUUGACUGGUGAGAUGAUCACAGAGCUUUUGGCGGCGUAUAGGGACUGGCCGUUCAAGGCGCCGGGGACUGACCAUGACAAGUAUUUCAGAUACAAGUCUGGGUCGUUUGAUUUCAGUACAGAUAAUUGGCCUUGAGAUGUAUACCACUGUAUGAUGAACUGUGUUGGUCGUUUCUUUAGAAUGUACAGUAACGAUCCAUGAAUGAAAAUGGUAUGACAGGUUUCAAAUAA